ACCAAGCAGUCAAGCACUUCAUUCACCUUGCUCCCCUCCGCAAGCCGCCGCCGCAGCAACUCCGGCGAAAUCCCCGGCCGCCGCCGCCGCCGCCCGCCGCCGCGAUGAACGCGUCGCAGUUCAUGGACAAACAGAUCCUCGGCCUCGCGGCCUCGGGCGCCGGUGCGGCCGCCGCCGCCGCCGCCGCGUCGUCGUCCCCUCCCGCGGCGGGAGGAGGUGGGGGCGGCGGGCUGUUCGAUCUGAUGAGCCCCGACCCGCAGGAGGACGGCGGCGGCCACGCGCGCCGCGGGCAGCAGCAACACGGCGGCGCCGACGAGGUGGUGCCCAGCUACGACUUCCAGCCCAUCCGCGCCGCUCCCGCCGCCGCGGCGCCGGCCUCCGCGGCGAGCCCUUGGGGGUCGCUCGACUCCAAGGCGGCGUCCUCCAACCUCAAGAGUGCUGGCAUGUUGGAGUCUCAUGUGCUCAAGAAGGUCAGUCACGAAGAAGAAAGGGGCAACUUCAGUGCAGUCUCCAUAGCAGAUAUUGAUCGCACAAUGAAGAAAUAUGCUGAUAACCUGCUACAUGCACUGGAAAGUGUAAGCUCAAGGCUAUCACAGCUAGAGGGCAGAACACACCAUCUUGAGAACUCUGUUGGUGAGUUGAAGCUAAUAAUUGGUAACUACAAUGGCAGCACUGAUGGAAAACUGAGACAAUUUGAGAACACACUGCGUGAGGUUCAAGCUGGUGUGCAGAUUUUGCGUGACAAGCAAGAAAUUGUUGAGACACAGGUCCAACUUUCAAAGCUCCAAUUGUCAAAAGCAGAGGAUGCUCAAUCAGAAAAGGCUGGUGUUGGUCAGGCAGAUUCAAGGCAGCAGCCAACUCUACCCCAACCUCAGCAUCAAGCCCCUCCGCCUUCCCAUCCACCGGCAUUGCCUGCCCUUCCUGCUCCAAAUGCACCACCUCCACCUGCACCCCAAAGCCAACCUCCAUCACAAUUCCCAGGCCAUUUACCACAUUCCCAGGUGCAAUCAGUCCCACCUGCUCCACCGACUCCAUUAGCACCAACCAUACCACAGGAGUCCUACUAUCCCCCGUCAGCAGUACAGCCAACUGACACCACACACCAGCAGUAUCAAGCUCCACCCGCCCCACAGUCGCAGGCACCUCCAGCACCACCACAGCAUUAUCAAACACCACCUCAGUAUGCUCAGUAUUCUCAGCCUCCUCCUGCAAGUGCUAACCCCUCAACUGCAGUCCCACCGUCAGUGCAUCAGCAGCCUGAAGAAGUAGCAGCGCCGUAUGGCCCUCCUCCUCAGAGCUAUCCCCCAAAUGUGCGCCUGCCAUCUCCUUAUGUGCCACCACCUAGCGGGCCUGCACCUCCUUUCUAUGGUCCAAACCCUGGCAUGUAUGAGCCUCCAGCAGUCCGGCCAAACUCCGGGCCACCUCCAUCCUACAAUACUGGAUACAAACCACAGGGUGGAGGCGGUUUCCCCGAGCCAUAUGGUUACAGUGGAUCUCCAUCUCACCGUGGCAAUGCUGGAAUGAAGUCGCCCUCGCCGUUUCAUCCAACAGGCUCUGCGGGAAGCGGCAACUACAGCAGGCUCCCUACAGCUCAAAUGCUGCCCCAAGCCGCGUCAGCGAGCUCCACCCCAAGCGCCUCCUCGGGCAACAGGGUGCCGAUUGAUGACGUGGUAGACAAGGUUGCCACGAUGGGGUUCUCGAGGGAGCAGGUGAGAGCGGCCGUUCGCCAGCUGACCGAGAGCGGUCAGAACGUCGACCUGAACAUGGUGCUUGAUAAGGUGAUGAACGGCGCCGACGCCCAGCCCCAGAGAGGCUGGCACGGGCGUUAAAAGCUCAGCUGCUAUCCAGGGCCAUGAAGCGCUCUCCCAUCAACCUGUGCAUAUCACUGAACAUCCAAUCCACGGAGUCAUUUUGUGCAUUCGCGUGAACGUCAGAUUCGGAAUUCAUAUUGUCGAUUUGGUGGGGAACAGACCAGGUCUGCUCGAUUUGCUGUUGGUGAUCUUACAGCAAGUGUUCUUUAUCUCUUUGAUUCGCCUGGUGUUGGUUGGUACUAGCAGUAGUACUAAAACUUGGUAUCUGAUCUCCAAAAACGAGUUUUUCUAGAGAUGGUGUUAUGGUUGUUAUCCACUGAUGAUAUGUUAAUGAUUCACGGGCUGCACUGUUCUGUUUAACUA